CUCGCAUUUUCUUCCUUUUUUACAACUUUCGUCUCAAAUUUUCUUUUUUCCCAAUUCGAUCACCUAUUGUUGAAGUCGGUCCAAACUCCAAAUGUCCAUGUUUCGCAUGUUUCCGUCUCGGCUUGUUUCUCUCUCCAAAACUCAGGCUCAAUUUGGUCCUCUGUUUCAAUUCGUCUCUACCACUCAUGGAGGCCCAAGCUCUCGAAUCAACGGAUUGUUACAUAACCAUGUGGAACUGGUGGAACCUAGAAAGGGCCAUCGUGAAUUUAGAACCUUCUGUACCGCUUCAGACCUGGCAGCGAAGAAAUGUGUGCCUUGUAACUCGGAAGAUAUGCGAUCUAUGAAUGAAGAGUUAGCAAAUCAAUUGAUUGCAAAGGUUCCUGAUUGGAAUCUGAUCAAUGAAGAAGGUAAAUUGAAGCUGGCGCGAUCUUGGAAAGUGAAGACUUUUACUAAAGGGCUGGAGUUCUUUCAGGCUAUUGCUAAUGUUGCUGAAGCAGAAGGUCACCAUCCAGAUCUGCAUCUCGUGGGUUGGAACAAUGUGACAGUUGAAAUAUGGACGCAUUCUGUUGGAGGACUUACAGAGAAUGACUUUAUACUAGCUGCAAAGAUCGACACACUUAAGCUUUCACACCUUCUGAGGGUUAAGCCUAAUUGAAUGCUACUACUCAACUGCCUCUUCGCCGUAUGAUUAUGAGUUAGCAUGGGCAUUUCUUACCUAGUCAGUUGCAUGCUCUGCAUUUCCCCUAGACAAACCUGCUGGAAGUCCUGAAAAAUGUUAUCCAAUGUUAAAUGUAGCCCUGAACUAUUUUUCCUUUCUUGUAACCUCCUCCUAGUACGCUAUAAUAUCAAUCAUUUGCUUUGUACGGACCCUUUAAAUAUGUUGCAUGUAAAUUUUUUGUAUGAUUCGUUUAUUUUGGGUAAGGGUUUCACUUAAAAAGUUGGUGAUAAUGCAACUAUUAUGCCCCUUGUUCUUUUUGGCUUAAUUUCAGUUUCUUGACUCA